AGUACCAAGUAGUAGUGAAGGAAGACGCGCCCGUGCGCACCCAAUGGCGGACACCGACCCUUAUUAUAUUUCUCAUUUCAACUCAAAAUGGCGGCCCUUAAAUUUUUCGCACGUUCUAUUAUUAAUUUAAAUAGAAAUUUAAACUGUUGUAAUAGUAAUAUUAAAUUGUUGCCACUCACUGUUACUCAGGUGACAAAAAGGUGGGCGAGUUUUAAAACAUCACCAGUCUAUGAUGAAAAUACUAAAUAUACUGACUAUGAAGUUACUAAAGAUCCAGAAGAAUGGAAAUGGGUUGAACACUACCUGCCUCCGUCACGGAUACCAGAGGCUCCGAAAAAUCUUAACGAAACAUUUCCAUCUGGAUGGAAACCACCAAGAGAAGAAGCAAAACAACUCCCUUAUUUUAUUGCCAGGACAAGGAACCACAUGAUACCGGUUUAUUUGUCACGUACGCAACGUGGGAUGAGAAGAGUUACCAAAAUACGUCGUAUUACUGGGGAUAUAAUUCAACUAGAGGCUGAUUUACGCAAGCACCUUGAGACCAUUCUGGGUAAAAAUAUGGGUUCGCAAAUAAUUGAACCAACUGGGACGAUUAAAUUCCGUGGUGACGUUGUAUCGCGGAUUAGAGAGUGGAUGGAAGCUAAAGGAUUUUAAUUUAUUGUAGAUAAUAAAAUUAUUGAAUUAGAAUAAAGACUUUUGUUACUGAUUGUUUAUAAUAAUGUGGAUAAUAAAAAUAAUAUAAACGGUA